AUGGCUCCAACGGACGUUGGCUACAUCUGGGCCCUUGAGGGUCGAGACUGGGAGACUCGGGCAACAACCGGGGGCAGGUACAGGGCACCUCAACCCCCUCCCCACCUGACAUCAGCAUCAAAGUCAAGCCCAGGGCAGCAGGGCCCAGAGCGGGACACCUCUUCCACACAAGACUUGAUCGCCGCCUCCUCCUCUGUCACCCUGCACCACAGCCCAGAGUCCCAGGCGGCUGGAGCACUGGGGGACACCCAGACAGAGCCUUCCCUGGACCAAGUCCUCCAGGAGCGGGAUGAAGCCAUUGCCAAGAAGCGGGCAGUGGAGGCGGAGCUGCACACGUGCAAAGCCCGGCUGCAUGCUGUAGAGGCCCAGCUGCUGGAGGUCCUGGAGGAGAAACUGAGGCUGAGGCGGGAGCUGGAGGCCUGGGAGGAAGACAUGCAGCGGCUGGUGUGGCAGCAGGUACAGAAUCAGCUGCAGAAAGAGGCCGAGGGCACUCGGGGAGCCCACGUGGAUCCCGGAGCUGCCAGGACCCCCUGGUCUAGAUUCUCCCUGGGUCGGGGACAUUGGUGGUGACACAGACCUCAGCCCAGGACUGUGGGAGUAGUGUCUUUAUUCAUUAAAGCCUGAGGUCUGACCA